AUGACGUCAUAGGAUAUAAGAAAUGUUGCUACGUUGCUAAGACCACAAUAAACAACUGCCAAUGUCAAAAGAAGAAGACCAGCUGUCACAACAAAAUUUCUAACAUGGCAGUUUCUUCUUUCGGUUUUUGACAGCCGUGUAAAUAGGUAGUUCAAGAUGUUGAUGCCAAAAAAGAACAGAGUAGCCAUCUACGAAUACCUCUUCAGGGAGGGUGUUAUGGUAGCUAAAAAGGACUACCAUGCCCCUAAACAUCCUGAGCUGGAAACCAUCCCUAACUUGGAAGUAAUUAAAGCCCUACAGUCCAUGAAGUCCAAAGGAUAUGUGAAGGAACAAUUUGCAUGGAGGCAUUACUACUGGUACUUGACCAACCCUGGUAUUGAAUACCUCAGGACCUUCUUGCACUUGCCCCCUGAAAUUGUCCCAUGCACCCUCAAGAGACAAGCUAGGACUGAAGCCGCUCGUCCCAGACCCGCUGGUGCUCUCAGAACUGAAGGUGGUCCAAAGGAAGACAGGACAGGAUAUAGGAGAAACCCAGCUGGUCCUGGUGGCCCAGACAAGAAAGCUGAUGUGGGUGCAGGCACUGGCGAAGUGGAAUUCCGCGCUGGUUUCGGAAGAGGAAGGCCUCAAUAGACGCGACUUUUUUAAAUUACUUUUUUAAUUUAAGUUUUUAAAAAUGAAGUGAAAAAACAGCUGAAUUAAAUUGAUUUGGUGAAA